AUGGAAGCUGUGUUUGGAUUGAUGGUGAUGUUAGUGGGAGUUUCUCAUGGUGUGAAAACUUACUGUGAUGGCAGACAGGAUGGAGCUCAGUGUUAUGGGUCUUUGGGAGGAACUGUGGACAUCCAGCUGAUGAAUAGCACCUCAGAAAUAUUUAGAUUUCAGUUGUUGAAGAAUAAAUCAAUAGUACUCGCUGUGAGAAAUAAUAAAGUUUUCUUUAUUAACACACAAGACAGAUCUGUCUUCAUUCCCAGUAAUGGAACAUUUAGCAUCAAUAACUUGAGCAGGAAUGACAGUGGUCAAUAUAUCCUUGAAACCUUUGAUUCAAAUGGAACAGCAGCAGGCGAGCGGACUUUACAGCUGUUUAUUCAAGCUCCUGUGUCCUCUGUCCUGCUGGUCUAUGAGUAUCUGUCCCAGGGAGAGAUGAGGGUGUCCUGCUCCUCUGAGGGAGGGGACAGUCCUCAGUACAGCUGGACUCUGGAUGGACGCACACUGACAGAUGCUGAGCUCCUUUCUGGAAAUAAUGAGAGUAACAUCAUCACUCUGAAACAGCACGUCUCAGGACAUCUGAUCUGCUCAGUCAGAAAUCAUGUUAGUAAAGUCUUCAAAGAAGAGAGGAUAUCUACCUGCGCAGGUAAUUUGCCACUGAUCGGUGGUGGUCUCACUGCACUGAUCAUCAUCUUAGUUGUGGCUGUAGCAGUGAUCUGUGCUCAGAGGAAAAAACAAAGCAACAAAACUACAUGGAAUAUGGUGUGGAAACUCACUGUGAUGGCAGACAGGAUGGAGCUCAGUGUUAUGGAGCUUUGGGAGGAACUGUGGACAUCCAGCUGA